CCGCUAUUGCAUUGUUGCGUGCAAGAUAUGCAAAGCCAGAGUGAAUACUGUAAUAUUCGUGCCUAUAGUCAAACUUUGAAGUGUUGAAGCUACAUCUCUCGCAGACGCAGUACAAUCCCAAGAGUUAAAGUCUUUACCUCCUUCAUCGCGAACCAGACCUUUCUAUCGAGACAAUUCAGAUAAUUGCAAUGGCAAACUCUACAAUUUCGUCUGCAGAUACUCCUAGCGGCCAUAAUCAAUCACGAAGCCAGGGCUUGCUACAUUCGUUCAAAACCGUCAACGAAGUCUGGAACCCUGAGACGUACCGAUACACCAUCAUAGAGACUCACAGCAACGAGCUUCAGGAUUUCGACCACUACGUUUUUGUUGUUCGCGCCCGAAUAGAUCGGGAUACACAUGAGAUGACGUAUUAUACUGACAUCAAAUCCGAAUCUCUGCGAAAGGUUCUAAGACCUGUCCUUAGGACUAGCCAUGAGGCCGAAACUUCUGUCGAGCGAGAUUUCCUGUAUCAUUCACUUCCAGAGCUGGAUCAAGUUGAGCCCGCAGACCGUACAUGCAAGGAACACCUUCAAUUGCUUGUCGACUAUAUCAAGCAAUCCUAUGAGUCCAUGUCCCAUCGCUUGCACACACUUCUACAGCACCGCCAGAUCACAUACGACCUGCUAUGGGCAUUGUUCAAACCAAACGCCCUUGUAUAUACAAUUUGCUCUGGAACUGGCCGCCCUCGAUGCCUCAAGUACACAUUUGGGGAGCAUGGGAAGACAAGAUCCGGUUCAAAAUACUGGAAUAUUGGGUGCCGAUAUCUCGACUUCGACGGUACAGAUUUUGGUGAGGCAUAUACAGAGGUCAGGAUCAACAUGUUCCGCGGAGUAGCGCGGAUUGAUCAUCUUCCCGCAUUUCCUAUUCAGUACCAUCCAAAUGACAGCAAGAUUAAGGCUAAUCUGCUCCAGUGCGGGAAGAAGUUUGUUAGCUUGAUUGGGAGCCACUACUCUUACUGCAACGGUCAGGCGUUUACCAUGAACAAAGGAAAGCAGAAUCGAUUCCAUGUGGAUGGCCGGAUCAUGGUCGAUGCCGCCUUCUUUCGAAAGGUGCAACCCGAUUACGCUAUACCAAUGCCCGAUGGUGGCAAUUUUGACUUUCCCCGCCCCUUUCAACCGCAGCCUGAGCGGGUCAGGAACACUGGCUUAGAACCUCAAGACGUGACGGAAGAUGAUUUGCUUAUCACUAGCCCUACUGUGCCUGGUUUCAGCUUCAGUGAAAAGCGUUGGGCGGAAUUUCCAGUCGCCGGCAUCAGGGAGAUCGAAUGGUCAUCUACAUCUUUCGAAUGCCUCACCAUUCCAAAAGAAGACAAGGAAGUAAUUAUAGCUGUUGCGGAAACCCGUACAAAUUCAGCGGGGUUUAGCUUUGAUGACUUUAUCGCCAGGAAAGGUCGCAGUCUUGUCGUGCUCUUGCACGGCCCUCCAGGAGUAGGAAAGACACUUACAGCUGAGGCUGUUGCUGAGCAUCUUCAGCGACCCCUUUAUUCAAUUUCUGCCGGCGAAUUGGGCAUCGAGACAAGAACGCUGGAAACGCAGCUCUCAGACAUCUUCCAGAUUGCUAGUCACUGGAAUGCAAUUCUUCUCUUGGACGAGGCUGAUGUCUAUCUCCAGCGACGGUCACCACACGACUUAAUGCGCAACGGCCUUGUGACCGUAUUUCUGCGCAUGCUAGAAUAUCUGGACGGGAUCAUGUUCUUAACAACAAAUCGAGUAUCUGAAUUUGAUGAAGCAAUACUCACUCGCAUCCAUCUUAUGCUGAAAUACAACGAUCUGAACAAACAUCAAAGGGAGCAGAUCUGGAGGCAUUUCCUCGAGCGGUCGAGGACCUCCCAUGGAGGCCCGGAUGUCCAUGAUGACGAACUGGAACGACUAGUUAGGAGCAAGCUAAAUGGACGACAGAUCAAGAACGCUGUUUCUACUGCUCACGCUCUCGCUACAAGGGAGAAAUGUAGAGUAAAGUUCACCCACCUUUCCAAAGCGAUGGCUGUAAACAAGGAUUUCAUGCGGGAGUUUACCAAGGCGGAGAACCUUGAUAAAAUGUACAACUAGGGCUUCCCUUAGGCAUAGUGGGCAAUCGGGAAUUGGCUUUUUCUGACGUAUGGUCUCGUUUCCCCUUUUAACAGCCUUGGAAACUGGGACUACCAAUGCCCACAUACCCUGGGGACAGGGCAGGAGGCUCCGCGAUGAAUGACUUCAGAGAUGUUAAGCCUAUGUUCUUCUUUCAAAAUUCCUAAGCAGCAGCGGGGCGGUUAACCUGCUGCUACCUAGAGACCCUAGUGAAACUCUGCUACUCUGGGCAGGC